AUGAUUGGAGGCAACUGCACUGAGGUGGAAGAGUUUAUUCUUCUAGGAUUCACAGAUCAUGUAAUGCUACAACAUGUGCUCUUUGUGAUAUUUUUACUGAUUUAUGUUAUCACUAUUGUGGGGAAUAUUGGGAUCAUUGUGGUUGUGAAAAAUGAUUCUCACCUUCAAACCCCCAUGUAUUUCCUUCUGAGCAACUUAUCCUUCUUAGACCUUUGCUACUCAUCUGUUGUCACCCCAAAGAUGCUGGUAAACUUCCUGGUACAGAGGAAAGUCAUCUCAUACACUGGAUGUUUCUUACAGCAAUACUUAUAUUGCUGUUUUGCAACUACUGAAUGCUAUCUUGUGGCUGUGAUGGCAUAUGACCGAUAUGUAGCCAUCUGCAACCCACUGAAAUAUACCACCACCAUGUCCAAAAUUGUCUGCAUUCUCCUAGUGAUGAUCUGCUAUAUAUCUGGACUUCUGAAUUCAUCCAUACAAGUGGGAUUUCGUUUAAGAUUAACCUGCUGUCAUUCCAACAUCAUCAACCAUUUCUUCUGUGAUGGACCUCCUCUGACUCAUCUUUAUUGUUCUGACAUCCAAUUCGUUCAGAUUCUACUCUUUGCUUUUGUAGGGUUUAAUGAGGUUGUAACUACAUCCCUAGUGGUAACCUCCUAUUGCUGGAUCAUUAUCACAGUCCUCCAAAUGCGUUCACUUGAAAGUAUUUACAAAGCAUUCUCUACCUGCUCUUCCCACCUGAUUGUUGUCUGCACUUUCUAUGGGACUCUUCUCUUCAUGUACCUGCGCCCUAGCUCCAGCUAUUCCUUGGAGCAAGACAAGAUUGUAUCCGUCUUUUAUGUUGUGAUCAUUCCUAUGCUGAACCCCAUCAUAUAUAGUUUCAGGAAUAGAGAAGUUAGAAAUGCCAUGAAAAAAACAUUUCAAAGAAUAGCCACUUCCAAAUGA